UCCCUGAGCGGAGGAAAAGGAUGCGCAUGCGCGCGGCUGCUCCAACGCAUCCGGGCUGGAGCUCUCCCGCCCCCUCCCCCGCCCGGAGCUGCCCCAGCGCCUCGGUGCGUUGCACCGCCGGAGGCUGGGCAGGUAGCAGCGCUGCUCCGCGCUGGACCCCACCCGGCAGGCGUAGGCCACGCACACCUGCCUCUGUGUGGCUGUCCUGCGCAGAAUUGCACCACCGACCCUCGCCUGCCCACUGCCACCGGCCGCUGGACAGGCUGGGACUGGCUCGGCGCAGGGCACUGCUCCUCGGUGCAUUGCUGCUCCGCGCUGCAGCCCGCAGCCGCCCGCCUCCCCCGGCCGUGCCCCUCCCGCGUGGAGCCGGCUAUCCGUCUGCGCCCACUGCCCCGUGGCAGCGGCGGAGCCGGGCAGCGCGCGGCUGCCAAGCGCGCUCGCGCUUCGGGCCCUCUGGCCUUCCCUCCUUAGGGCAGCCCGCGCCCCGGUGCAAGGGAGCGGUCCUUACCAAGACGCGCCCGGUCCGGCGGUGCAAUGAGCUUCUUCGGCUUCGGGCAGAGCGUGGAGGUGGAAAUCCUUCUCAAUGAUGCGGAGAGUAGGAAGCGGGCCGAGCACAAGACGGAGGACGGGAAGAAGGAGAAAUAUUUCCUCUUCUACGACGGGGAGACGGUCUCCGGGAAGGUGAGCCUUGCGCUCAAGAACCCCAACAAGCGACUGGAGCACCAGGGCAUCAAGAUCGAGUUCAUCGGGCAGAUCGAACUCUACUACGAUCGCGGGAACCACCAUGAAUUUGUGUCCCUGGUAAAGGACUUGGCCCGGCCUGGAGAGAUCACCCAGUCGCAGGCCUUCGACUUUGAAUUUACCCACGUGGAGAAGCCGUAUGAGUCCUACACAGGGCAAAAUGUGAAGCUACGCUAUUUCCUCCGAGCUACCGUCAGCCGCCGCCUCAAUGACGUUGUCAAAGAGAUGGACAUUGUAGUUCAUACCCUCAGCACAUACCCGGAGCUGAACUCCUCCAUCAAGAUGGAGGUUGGGAUUGAGGACUGUCUGCACAUUGAAUUUGAGUACAAUAAAUCCAAAUACCACUUGAAAGAUGUCAUUGUAGGGAAGAUAUACUUCCUGCUGGUGAGAAUCAAAAUCAAGCACAUGGAGAUAGAUAUCAUCAAGCGGGAAACAACGGGUACAGGCCCCAACGUGUAUCACGAGAACGACACAAUAGCCAAGUAUGAGAUCAUGGACGGGGCACCAGUGAGAGGAGAGUCCAUUCCGAUCCGGCUCUUCCUGGCAGGAACUACUAGUGAUGGUAAAGAAAGACGGCAGAGGCAGCCCUGCAUCUUGGAGCAGCCAAAGGAGCCCGCUUGGAGGUAA